GCGGCGGGAACGAAGCUCUUCAACGCCAUGGACAAGGUUCGGGCACUGCAAUAGAGUUGGAUAAGCCAUACCCCACGACAACUUACAAAAGUUUCAACCGACGGCAAAACUAAACCUGGACCCGACAUGACUGGUUCUACAGCUCCAGCGACAGAAGGCACCACGGUGGCGCCUUCACAGAGCAAGAUGGACGCCUACAUGUUCGCGACCUCUCGAGAGCUGGGAACACUACAGCUUAGCGUACGAAUAGACACGCUCGAGGGAUCCCGCGCGCCGCUCCCGUAUACCACUCUCGUGGCGCAUCCAGAGCUCAAGCACAUCGGCGCCAAUACGAGCUCCCAUUCGGACCUGUACCUGACAGUGCAGGUAUGGGCCGACAGCAAGCCGUUGACGGUUCCAGUACAGACCUCGUACCGCGCCUUCAAAGCGCAGCGAACAUGGAUGGAAUGGCUUCCGCUUCCCGUGCGAUACUGCGAUCUUCCGCUUUCGGCGCAGCUGGCGAUCACGAUCUGGGAUCUGGCCGGGCCGCAAAAUACAGUGCCGUUUGGAGGGACGACGAUACGCUUGUUCGAGAAGGAUCACACGCUGAAGAAUGGGAGGCAGAAGUGUAAGGUCUGGAUGGGUGUCGCUGCCGAUGGGUUGACGGAUACUACUACUCCGAGUCCGGUUGAGACUGGUAAUGAGAUGGACCGGCUGGAGAAGUUGGUCAAGAAACAUGAGCUCAAAGAGCUUCCGCGUGUCGAUUGGCUCGACCACCUUGUCUUCCGCGAGAUCGAACGGAUCAACAAGCAGGCUUCAGGCAAGUCAAAAGACGAACACUACCUAUUUAUCGACCUUCAACGCUUCGAUUUGCCAAUCGUCUACUCCGAACACGAAUACACGUUGCUGCCUGGUCAAGGUAUCGCUCCAAAUAGCAUGUCACCUCCGAACACAGCGGCUGCGGGCAACACACAGCGCCAAGUGCAAGCCGUCGGGGAUGGAGCGUCCAGCUCGGGGCUACCGCGACUGGGCUUCAAGGUGUUCGAUCCGGAGGCUACGAGGGAUAAUCCGGCGGAGUCGAAGCACCGACGAUUAGUCCGGUCCCAUCGCAACGGAAUCAUCGACCGAGACUUAAGACCCAAUGCUAAGAUCAGGGACGAGCUCGGCGAGAUCCUAAACUACGGACCGACGCAGGAGCUUACAUCGGAAGAGAAGGACUUGAUAUGGAAGUUCCGGUUCUACCUCACUAGGGACAAACGAGCACUCACGAAAUUUGUUAAGAGUGUAGCAUGGGGCGAUCCAUCCGAGAGUAAAUUCGCGGUGCGACUGAUACCGGAGUGGACCGAAAUCGACGUGGAUGAUGCGCUGGAGCUUUUGGGCCCGAAUGUGCACAAUAUGGAAGUCCGGGCGUAUGCUGUGGACCGACUGCGGGCCGCGGACGACGAGGAAUUGCAGCUGUACCUCCUGCAGCUUGUCCAGGCUCUCAAAUUCGAAGCCAUACGGCCGGACGCUCAUGUCGACGCUGUGAAAGAGUCCAGCUUGGUGAAGUUCCUGAUUAGUAGAGCGUGCAAUAACGAGGUUCUGGGUAGUUUCUUGCACUGGUAUCUAGUCGUCGAGACGGAAGACCCCGAUGGCGAGCGUAAGAAGCUGUACACCAAAAUCGCGUGGGAAUUUCAGGUUGCGCUGAGUCAAUUGCCGGAUGGUGAGAAAAGACGUGCUGUGAUGAAGCGUCAGGGAGACUUCGUGUUUAUGAUUGGGGAAACGGCGAAGGAGAUCCAGGCCGUCCGGGAUCGAACUAAAAAAGAGGAUAAGCUGAAAGAGCUGUUGAGGGAUCCUGCGCAUGAAAUGCUUUCGUUCGAGCCCAUACCACUGCCGUUGGACCCUAGUGUGAAUAUCAUUGGAUGUUUUCCUGAGAAUUCGAUGGUGUUCAAGUCAUCGCUCUUCCCUGUGCUCCUUCAUCUCAAAACAGAUAAAGACGAACAUUACCCCAUCAUAUUCAAGUCCGGAGACGACCUUCGACAAGAUCAGCUCGUGAUUCAGAUCAUCAUCCUGAUGGAUAGACUCCUUCGGAAGGAAAACCUCGAUCUCAAACUCACGCCGUACAGAAUUCUCGCAACAAGCGCCUUCACCGGAAUCGUGCAAUUUGUGCCGAGUAUGAGUCUGGCAGCCAUCGAAGAGGGGAAACGGUCUCCGGCGGGUGUGCUACCGUAUCUGAGGAGCACAUUCCCGGAUCCGACGCAAGACCUGGGGGUCAAGGCGGAGAUCAUGGAUACCUAUGUCAAGAGUUGUGCGGGAUACUGCGUUAUCACGUAUCUACUAGGCGUUGGCGAUCGACAUCUUGACAACCUCUUGCUGACGGCUGAUGGCCACUUCUUCCACGCCGACUUUGGUUUUAUCCUUGGGCGAGACCCCAAGCCCUUCUCUCCGCUGAUGAAGGUGUGCAAAGAGAUGAUCGAUGGCAUGGGCGGCACACAGUCCGACAACUACCAUCGCUUCCGCUCGUACUGCUACACGGCGUACAUCACGCUCCGCAAGAGCGCGAAUCUGAUCCUCAACCUUUUCGCGCUGAUGGUGGACGCCAAUAUUCCUGACAUCAGAUUGGAGCCGGAUAAGGCGGUUUUUAAGGUUAAGGAGAGGUUCUGCUUGGAGCUUAGCGAAGAGCAGGCGAUCACGCAUUUCAAAAACCUCAUCGAUGAUAGUAUGAACUCGGUUUUGCCGGUACUUAUGGAUCGCGUCCAUGGCAUCGCGCAGAGGUGGAGGAAAUAGCGUAGGUAAUCUUUCAUAUGUAUUUCUUGGGGUUGAGUGGAUAUACUUAGGAUUGUCUGUCCAUGAUGAAUGGGCUCUUUCAUGUGAUGUCACUCGGUUUAUCGAACCGUCAUCAAUAUUUGUCAGCCGGAAACGAAACGGUUCGAUGAUUUGCCGUUUUCAUUUGAUGGGAAACCAGCACCAAUCGGACACAUGCCCAAUCCCUCGCACCCAAAAUCCCGUGCAUCGACCGCCUCGCCCCGUCGUUCAUAGAAUUUAGCACCAGGCGACUAUCGCACUGGGCACGCAUGCGGUCAUAUGCAUCCACCAUAGAGCAGUCCGCGAAUGUUUCCUGCCGGCUCGCCUUAGUUCGUGGCAGUUCGUCAUAUGAUGCUGCGAUGAAGGGGGAGAUGAACCAAUUAGCGCGGGGGAAGGGCGUAAUAUCCACCAACUGUUUGUGAGGAACCGAUGGCCAUUAUAUAGCGCUGCAAAGGCACUGCCCACCC